GGCUGGGUGAGGGGCAGCUGACUCCUGGUGGGACAGACAAGCCCAGCGAGCCGGCUGCGUGGACACAAGUGGUGGGAACAACCUGGCCUGAAAACUGAGGCUCCCUGACUACCAGGAACCACCCAAUAUGGCAUCAGAAAGCGGGAAGCUGUGGGGUGGCCGGUUUGUGGGCGCAGUGGACCCCAUCAUGGAGAGAUUCAAUGCCUCCAUCACCUAUGACCGGCAACUGUGGGAGGUGGACGUGCAGGGGAGCAAGGCCUACAGCCGGGGCCUGGAGAAGGCGGGACUCCUCACCAGGGCUGAGAUGGAUCAGAUCCUGCAAGGCCUGGACCAGGUGGCGGAGGAGUGGGCCAGGGGUGCCUUCAAGCUGCACCCCAGCGACGAGGACAUCCACACGGCCAAUGAGCGGCGUCUGAAGGAGCUCAUCGGAGAUGUGGCGGGAAAGCUUCAUACGGGACGCAGCCGGAACGACCAGGUGGUGACCGACCUUAGGCUGUGGAUGCGACAGAGCUGCACCACACUCGCUGGCCUCCUGUGGGAGCUCAUCCGGGCCAUGGUGGACCGGGCAGAGGCGGAACGUGAUGUCCUCUUCCCAGGGUACACGCACCUGCAGAGGGCCCAGCCUAUCCGCUGGAGCCACUGGAUCCUGAGCCAUGCAGUGGCGCUGACCCGGGACUCAGAGAGGCUGCUGGAGGUGCAGAACCGGAUCAACGUCCUGCCUCUGGGGAGUGGGGCCAUUGCGGGCAACCCUUUGGGUGUGGACCGGGAGCUGCUCCGAGCAGAACUGAACUUCAGGGCCAUCACACUCAACAGCAUGGAUGCCACCAGUGAGCGAGACUUUGUGGUGGAGUUCCUGUUCUGGGCGUCCCUGUGCGUGACACACCUCAGCAGGAUGGCUGAGGACCUCAUCCUCUACGGCACCAAGGAGUUUGGCUUUGUGCAGCUCUCAGAUGCCUACAGCACCGGAAGCAGCCUGAUGCCCCAGAAGAAGAACCCGGACAGCCUGGAGCUGAUCCGCAGCAAGGCGGGCCGUGUGUUUGGGCGGUGCGCUGGGCUCCUGAUGACCCUCAAGGGACUUCCGAGCACCUACAAUAAGGACCUGCAGGAGGACAAGGAAGCCGUGUUUGAAGUGUGCGACACCAUGAGCGCUGUUCUGCAGGUGGCCACAGGUGCCAUCUCUACACUGCAGAUUCACCGUGAGAACAUGGCGCGGGCGCUGAGCCCUGACAUGCUGGCCACGGACCUCGCCUACUACUUGGUCCGCAAAGGGAUGCCGUUCCGCCAGGCACACGAG